CACCGACCGUCGCGUUGGGUAAGGGAUCACAUCACGCGUCCUAUCCGACCGUCAUUGUUUAGACCUUACUUGACUUACCUGGUACAUCAACACCUGGACAGUCUACGCUGAUUUCAACCACAUACUCUUACUACUCAAUAAGUCCAUCACCUUACUAAAUUGACCUCUUCACUUUUUUUUCUCCGACAAAAACUUUCCUUAGCUUGCACUGCGUAAAUGAUUCCGAUCGCCAACCUCAACCAGGCUCACAUCUGCAACCAUGGGAGGUCGAGGUAGUGGUCCUAGACCUAGACCGCGGGUCGUGCCUCCCGGAAACCCAUCCGGACGCACGCGCUCUUCAGGCACCCCGAUAGACCCGCGAGGUCCACCCGUUUACCAUGAUAUCGCCCAGGUCCUUCGCCCUGCAACAACGACGGGGUUGCCAAGUCCUCCUGAUAUUGACGACCCCAUGUUUGACCUACAGGAUGCGACUGUAUUCCGACAGGAUGGCAAGACUAUGGCGAAUCUCCUCGAAGUGACACUGGACGGUCCGUUUAUCGUCAAAGGAAAAAUGAUUGUGGAAGAGGAUACAGAAGAGCAACUCGUCAUACCCAGGUGCAAAUCCGUUUACGUCCAAAUACCCAACUGCAGCAUAUUUUCGGUGGGUUACGAGCCGUUGUGCUUGUGGGCAUGGUCUAUUGGUGGAUGGAUGGAGAUCAAGCCUGCAAAGGUCUACCGCGAAACCUAUUUCGACAUGUCUGAGGCCAUUACCCUUUACUGGGAAAUCAUGACUGCAUACCAGAUUGUCGAGGAGAAAAAGAGGAAGUCCAAAGCGGCCAUUCGUCAAGCACUGCUGAAUGCUCGACUAGACGAGAUUUUCUACCAUUACGCCACAAAGGCAGGCGACGGCGUCUUGUUCUCUGAGGUGGCAAAACGAUGCGAUAAGCACGCUCUGUUUCUUCUCGACCAGUUCGAUCAACAGUCGGACUUCGAUUGGGGCAAGACAAGCUUUUUCCAUUGGAUGCAUAAAAGACAUCCCGAUAUUGUCGCCAAACUUGAAGCACAAAAAAUAAAAAAUGCUACUGAGGCGGCGGCCACUAAUUCGCGAACAAGAUUGUCGGUCGAUAUCGAAAUGUCCGGAACUACUACCAUCGCCGAAUCUUCCAAAGGUGCGGAGCCGGAGCCCAGUAAACUUCCACCUUCUGGACCUCCGUCUACUAAACGGGCGCCCAAAUCUGCACCUACUUCUGUGCAUAUAUCUCCCACGGUCGUUAAAAGCGGCCUUGCAACAAAUCUCCCGGCGACCAACAUACCCACCAUUAUUACUCUUUUGGAAGAAAUCGCCGCGGAAUCAGAUGCAGGUUGCAGAAGUACCUAUGGCAAAUUUACAUCUGAGAUGUACAAAAAAUGCAAGCUUCCCAACUCGGCUUAUUCCAUCCCCAAGGAAAUUCUGCAACUAUACGCAGCCGAUCUACUAAAAAACUUGGACCCGGAGCGAUGGAAGGGGACGGUAUUAUGGGAGGGGUUGCAAAAGGAAGCCAAGGAGCCCAUCACCAAGCUGGUUCACUUGCAAUCCAUUGACGAGAUACCUGAAAGGCUUGUGCGUCGUCAACAUCGGACAAGCGUCUCGGUGGAGGAAGUUGCCACGCCUAGCCGUGUUCCGAAUAGGCCUUAUGCUGGUGCUGGCAAAACACCACGCCUAAGCCUGUCUGUUGCGAAAAAACGUCCAUUGGAAGAAAUGGAUGUCGAUGACGACGAUGAAAUUGCUGCCGAGCAAAGUCUGGUAGGGCCAAGUUCAAUGCCUAAGCGCCGGGGCAGACCGGCCAAAAUGUCCAAAGCCGAAGCGGCGCAAACACCACAAACCCCGAGCACGGAAAACACCGAUGACGAGUCCAGUGAUGAAUCCGAUAGUGGUAUUGGCGGUACGGCGACUAAGGUCGUGCUCCGUUCGUACCCUCUGCAGACGGAAAAGCCGACUGGCCCAAUGGAUACAUGGGUUUGCUCAGAAGCGGGCUGCGGGCAUGUAGUGCGGUCCGCAAAAGAGUCAAUACAGAGGUUGAAGGUACUAGAACAUAUGAAAGAGCACACAAAACACGAUAUGGAGUUGGCGGCGCAGGCCCGAGAGGAGGGACAACGGAAUGGGUUGCCAGUCAGCAAACUUCUGGAAAAGAUUAUGAACGAUGCUGCAAAGAAGCCUCAACGGAUCAAGCGAGCACAGCUGGGCUGGUAGCUUUGGUAUGGGAGACCAGAUUCCACAACACUGGAGCCAAAAUUACAGUAUUCUUCUACAUAGUAGAGCGGUAGCUACACUUUAAUGAUGAGAUGUGACAUGAACCUGAAUCAAGUUUAAAUCUAGCACUAGACCUAGAUCUCGUUUCCAUAGUCUACAUACGAACCACGGCUUGCACGGAUUGACCGCCGGAUGCCUUUCUGCC